AUGGCCGAUAAUGACACAGAAUGUUGGGAUAGUGAGACCCCGGAUACGAAACAACUCAUUAGCGGAUCAACAACGCUCGAAAAAUCACUACUCACAGUCGCUACUGUAUUGACAUUGUUAACAGCAUUACAAUUUUUUGAGUCGGUGUAUUAUUUAAGAAACAAAAUACAAACUAAACUAAGGCGAAAUAAAAUGAUAUGGGUCUUAGGAAUAUACCCAAUUUACAGUAUUACUUGUUGUAUUGGUUUAUUUGUACCACGUGCUGCAAUGAUUACCAACUUUACAGCAGCCAUACGAGCUGGUCGUUGGUUGAGGAGAGCUGUUUUACAAGUAUCAAUUAUUCGCCCUUGUGUGCUCUUCAUUGCCGUUGUGUUGUGGGCAGGUGGGAAAUUGUCACCAGGAGGGGUUGGACUAAUGGAACCGUUUCUAUGGGUAACGAUCGUCUCCAUCGCAUCAACAAUUACCGCUAUCCAAGCUAUUGGCAUUCUUCAUACCGUAUCAAUGGAACCAUUAAAAGAAUACCAAAUCACGCCUAAGUUUAUAUGUAUUCAGUUGACACUAAUAUUAGGAAGUGUUCAGCUUGGUUUGCUCACUCUUCUGUCCAACGUUGGUAUAAUACCUUGUGCGUAUCCGUUUGCAAACCAACCGCGUGUUUACAACAUUUACAACUUUCUGGUCAUCUGCGAAUUCUUCCUUAUCAACAUCUUCUCGCGAUUUCUCUUUCGCACACGUAGACAUGGAAACACGGAGCAGGUGAUGACACCAGAAGAGGCCAUAGAAGCAGGAAAAAAUCACAUCACAUUCUACAAAACUCCUCCCAACAGUCCAUAUUUGGUUAAAUUCAGCAGUAAGAACGAAGUAGUGAACGAUGUAUGUGAUGAUAAUACAAACGAUGGCACGGUAAACGUUGCCAUGGAGCAGCCUCAGAAAUCUGAGAACCACUAA